AUGAGCCCCGGGGGCGCGGGCUGCUCCGCAGGGCUGCUACUGACCGUGGGCUGGCUGCUCCUGGCGGGCUUCCAGUCCUCGUGUGGGACCAAUGUCACCGCCAUUCAGGAACCCCCCUUGGCCCACGAGGGCGAAAGCGAAGGCGAUAGCGACAGCGACAGCGACAGCGAGGACGACACCGGUGACAACAACGAAAGCGAAGGGGACAACAACGAGGGCCCUCUGCCUGAUAACGAGGAAGCUGGUCCGAAUAAAACAAUAGUCAAAGAAGUUGAAUUUGGAAUGUGCACAGUCACGUGUGGUGUUGGUGUUAGAGAAGUUAUAUUAACAAAUGGAUGCCCUGGAGGUGAAUCCAAGUGUAUUGUUCGAGUAGAAGAAUGCCGUGGACCAGCAGAUUGUGGCUGGGGUAAACCAAUUUCAGAAAGUCUUGAAAGUGUUAGAUUGGCAUGUGUUCAUACAUCUCCUGUAAAUCGUUACAAAUAUAUGUGGAAACUUCUAAGGGCAGACCAACAACCUGUUAUACUUGCAAAUGAUUCAGCAAUCCUGGAUGUACAAAGAGAUAUCCACCCCUUGGCUUUCCAGUGUGACACCAUGGAUAAUUCUGAAAUGGUAGCAUCUAUUAAAUUCACAGUCUAUACAUCUAAUGAAUUGCAGAUGAGAAGAUCAAGCCGACCAGACACUGAUGCAGUCCUAGUUUUUGUGCUGACCAUAGGAGUCAUUAUCUGUGUAUUUGUGAUCUUCGUAUUGAUCUUCAUAAUUAUUAAUUGGGCAGCAGUGAAAGCUUUCUGGGGGGCGAAAGCCUCUACAACUGAGAUACACUCAGAGCUGAGUUCUAUGAGAUACAAAGACUCAACUUCUCUUGACCAGUCACCAGCAGAAAUACAUGGACAUGAAGAUGAUGCUUUAAGUGAAUGGAAUGAAUGA